AUGGACUCAAAAUGUUCCGAUAUAAUUGAAAUAAUUAAAACAAAAGUAAUAAUAAAUGAUUAUAUUUAUGUGUUCCAAAAAGAAGUUGGCGAUGGGCUUAGAUAUACUUGUGUUCAACGAAAGAAACAUUAUUGUAAAGGUAGUGUAACGAUAAAUUCGUCCAAAACCAACAUUUUAAAAUUUCAAAAACAUUCUCAUAAUCCUGAUUCUGCUGAAGCUGAAGUAUGUCGUGCCUUAAAUGUUAUGAAAGAAAAUAUUAUAAACAAUUUUGAUAUUCCUUCUAAAGUGUACGCAAUACGCAAAAGAAGUUACCAAAUUAACAGACGUAGCUGCUUGUUUGAUGCCAAAUGA